UCGCCUCACCUGUAGAGCAGCACAGAGACGCUGUUCAGAAAGCCGAGAACUGCAUUACUGAACGCAGCGAGUGAGAUUUCAUCAACAAAAAUGAGGAGCUUCACGCUAGGCUUCUUUGCAGGUUUAUUUUGCCUGUCAGCGGCAGUUAACGAUUUCGUGAUCAGCGUUCUGGGCAAUGCUAAUAAUUUUCUCCAAGGACCCUUCCUAACUUCUGCUGUCCUCAGUUUACCUCCUUGCACAUAUGCUGGACAGAAUUUUACUGUCACCACUACAAUAUCCAAUAGUACAAAUACUGCAGUGCCUGCCCAAUCCAUUCCAGUGCCAAUCUGUCGAUAUCGACGAGAUUUACUCGCUAACAGUGUCGCCAAUGGAAUGUACACUUUAACACAGACAACUGGAUACCAACUCACUGGACUAAAACCUGGCAAUACAUAUAGUGUUAUGUAUACCAUAGGAGCAGCAUCCAGCACCCCUCUAACUAUAACAACUCCAACAGUUAAAGACUACAACUCAAUUAAUACUGGUCUUGGAGCUCGCUCAGGAGGCAUGGUAGUGAUUACUGUUCUUCUGUCUGUUGCCAUGUUCAUUCUCAUCGUGGGCCUCAUUGUCACCAUUGUAAUGGGGAGAAGAAACAGUUAAAAGGACAGACAACAACGAAUGCAGUCUGACUGCCUUUAUGAUUCUUCUAUUUCAGCUUUUUAAUUUUUCUUUUUACCCAUUUCUUGCUAAUGAAAAAUUCCAAAUGCAUAAUGUUGUAUAGUAAGUCAUUAUUUGUGAGCUCAAGGGGUUAAUUGUGGACCCUAUAUAGAAGAUCAAAAAGAUUUUGCCAAGAUCCUUUGUGCACAAUCAAUACAGAAUUGAAAGCACAGUAUUCCAUCUGUACCUCCCUUUUCACCGGAGUGCAGAUGAUGCCCUAAAAAAUCUUGGAUAUAUUUUCUGUAUAGUUGGCAUUCAACAUGACAAUUACUCUGCUUUUUAAUUUUGCCAUUUAAUCUGCCUCACAUAUUUGCUUUGUAUCUAGCAUGUGGAGCUGCAUGAUGCUGCAAGGCUCCACAGAAUUGCUUACAAAGGCUUUGUGAUGACAUUUGACUGCAAGAUGAUGGCUGAUGGCUAAUUGCUGCUGGGCCUGAAUGCAGCCCAAUAGCUGUUUUUAAUGCUUGAAUUUAAUUGUAUUUUACUAAUAAAAUAGUCAUUUUA